AGGGAGACGGGAGGCUUAGUAGCUGCCCCUGCGCAUGCGCCCUUUGUGCCCUGAGGCGCCCGCUCGGACUUCCGGUUUGAGAAAUGGACUGGGAGGCCGGCGGCGAGCUGGGGCCGGGUCGGAGCUGGAGUGGGUGAGGCUGGCCUGGGGGCAGGAAUGAGUGGGUUGAGGGCCAGUGCAAGAAGGAGACGCCCCCAGGGGUGUGUCGGAGAGUGUUCUCAGGGCGCCUUAGCCCGGCCGGAGGCCUCUGUUAGGCACUCCACCGCGGCUCCGACAGUGACCCGGCCGGAGGGAGCGAAGACAAAGAGGCCGGAUCCCCUUACGCGCGGCUGCUGGAGCUGAGUUCCGCGCCAGCAACCCCGCAGCCCUCGAAGCCUCUGGCCAGCACCCGGGCUCGUCCUCAGGAAACCCAUCACUACUGUCCCCUGGACUCCCUCUCUACCAACUCAGUGUGACUCUCCCCAAGCCCACCCGGCCCUCGCUUCAGGAGUCGGAGCCACCUUCUCCCGAUGCGCUUGGUUACCCUUCCGUAGCUCUCAAGUCCUUGCUGAACGGUUACUCUGCUGUGAGAGAAAAACAAAGCCUCGACAUUUAGAAGAAACUCCUCUUACAGAGAGACUCUGCAGGUGAUUCUCCAAGGACAUGGGAAGAUAGGUGUAAGCCCUGGAGCCCAGUCCCUUAAGUGGAGGGAAGCUGCUUUCUGCUGUGAAUGAUGGCCAAACCCACUCUGAGAGGGGAUGGCACUAACUCUGAGACCUUCCGACAGCGCUUCAGAAGAUUCCAUUACCAGGAGGUGGCUGGGCCCCGGCAGGCUUUCAGCCAACUCUGGGAACUUUGCUGUCGGUGGCUAAGGCCGGAAGUGCGCACCAAGGAGCAGAUCGUAGAGUUGUUGGUGCUAGAGCAGUUCCUGACGGUCUUGCCUGGGGAGAUCCAGAACUGGGUACAGGAACAAUGUCCAGAAAGUGGAGAAGAGGCGGUGGCUCUGGUGGAAGAUUUAGAAAGAGAGCCUGGAAGACCUGGACAUUCGGUCACAGUCUCUGUGAAGGGGCAGGAAGUGCGCUCGGAGAAGAUGACACCCCUGAAAUCAUCACGGGAGUUGUUAAGUGUUCGGCAGGAGUCAGUGGAACCCCAGCCCAGGGGUGUACCCAAGAAAGAGAGGGCAAGAAGCCCAGACCUGGGACCACAGGAGCAGAUGAACCCAAAGGAGAAGCUCAGACCUUUUCAAAGGAGCGGAUUUCCAUUUCCUAAAUCUGGUGUGGUCUCCAGGCCGGAGCAGGGAGAGCCAUGGAUCCUAGAUCCGCUGGUCUCCAAGGAGAGGGAACUCCCAAGAGGCAGUCACACUGGAGAAGGACGAAUGCCUGCUGAUCUGUUACCAUCCAGGAGCGAGAGAAGAAGCUGGGUAGAACAGGAUCACUGGGGCUUUGAGGAUGAGAACGUGGCAGGGGUGCACUGGGGCUAUGAAGAGACGAAAACUCUCCUUGCAAUUCUCAGUCAGACUGAGUUUUACGAGGCUCUCCGAAAUUGUCAUAGAAAUAGCCAAGUGUAUGGGGCAGUGGCUGAGCGGCUUCGGGAGUAUGGCUUCCUCCGGACCUUGGAACAGUGUCGGACCAAGUUCAAAGGUCUCCAGAAGAGCUAUCGGAAAGUCAAGAGUGGCCACCCGCCUGAGACCUGCCUGUUCUUUGAAGAGAUGGAAGCCCUGAUGAGUGCGCAGGUCAUUGCCCUGCCCAGUAACGGCCUGGAAGAGGCAGCCUCUCACUCAGGUCUAGUGGGCAGUGAUGCCAAGACUGAGGAACCAGGGCAAGAGGGCUGGCAGCCUCAUGGGGAAGCAGAAGAGGCCAUGGCUGAGGAGUCUGACAGUGAUGACAUGGGCCCGGAGGCCACCCCCCAGGACUCCGACAGCUCAUCUGCACCAGUCCUGUUCCGAAGCCCAGGUGGUGUACACUGGGGCUAUGAAGAGACCAAGACGUACCUUGCAAUUCUUAGUGAGACUCAGUUUUACGAAGCGCUCCGGAACUGUCACCGCAACAGUCAGCUGUAUGGAGCCGUGGCUGAGCGGUUGUGGGAAUAUGGCUUCCUCAGGACACCCGAGCAGUGUCGGACCAAGUUUAAAAGUCUACAAACCAGCUAUCGCAAAGUCAAGAAUGGCCAGGCACCAGAGACCUGUCCCUUCUUUGAAGAGAUGGAUGCUUUGGUGAGUGCACGGGUUGCUGUCCUGCCCAGCAGUGGCCUGGAAGAGGAGACACCUUCUUGCCCAAUCCAGGAGACCAGUGAGGCCGAGGCUGAGAAGCAAGCCGAAGAGGCAGAAGAGGCCAUAGAAGAAGAUUCUGAGGGCGAUGAGGAGGAUAUGGAGGUACCCCCAGGGGCUGUCCUGACCCGUGCUCCGGUCUUAUUCCAGAGCCCCAGUGGUUUCGAGGCUGGAUUUAAGAAUGAAAAGAAUCCAAAUCGGGAUAUUUCUGAGGAAGUACAACUGCAUAGGACAUUGCUCGCAAGAUCUGAAAGGAAAAUUUCUCGACAUCAUAAUCAGGGUAAAGGCAGUGAGAGUGAAUGUAGAUCAGGCCGACAGUGGGAAAAGACCCCAGGGGACAGAAGAGGAAAACUGAUACUCCCAGAGAGGAGCUUAGGGAAAGUCCUAAAUCAUCAGAAACCUUAUUUGGGAGAGAAACCCUAUAAGUAUCUCAGAUAUGGCAAAAGCUUUGGUCCAAACUCCCACCUCAUGCAUCAGAUAUCCCACCAGAUGGAAAAUCCAUAUAAAUGUGCUGAUUGUGGGAAAAGCUUCAGUCGUAGUGCACGCCUUAUUAGACACCAGAGAAUCCACACUGGUGAGAAACCUUAUAAAUGUCUUGACUGUGGGAAAAGUUUCCGUGACAGUUCAAAUUUCAUCACCCAUAGGAGAAUCCACACAGGAGAGAAACCUUAUCAGUGUGGUGAGUGUGGAAAACGCUUCAAUCAGAGCUCAAGCCUUAUAAUUCACCAGAGAACCCACACAGGAGAAAAGCCCUAUCAAUGUGAAGAGUGUGGAAAAAGCUUCAACAACAGUUCUCAUUUUAGUGCACAUCGGAGGAUACACACAGGAGAGAGACCCCACGUGUGUCCUGACUGUGGGAAGAGUUUCAGUAAGAGUUCUGACUUACGUGCACAUCAUAGAACCCACACAGGAGAGAAACCCUAUGGAUGUCAUGACUGUGGCAAGUGCUUCAGUAAAAGCUCUGCCCUUAAUAAGCACCGAGAAAUCCAUACACGAGAAAAGCUUCUGUCACAGUCAGCACCUAAGUAAGCCCCUGAGGAUCUAGAAAGGAAAGAGCUUUGGUAAAUAUAUUGUUUGGAAAGUCUUCCAAUAGUGAGAUCUGUCUCCUAGCUUAGGAAGUACUCUUUAGGAUCUAUCCCACUGUUCCUUAUGUUCCUCUUGGAUCUAAAGCCAAAUUUCUGACUCGUUCUUCUUAAAGAAUGAAAGGGGAAUUUCAGUCCCUCUCUGCUUGCAUCUCAAUUGACAGAUAACACCUUUGCCCUCUGAGCGCCUGUCAUUUCCUUAAUAGAGAGCAUGUAGUAAGAGUUCCCAUGAGUUCAGUGUGCACUCUUCUUUACUCUUCCUGUUACUCAGCUGCAUUUCUGACUGGAGAAACCCAUCACAGAAUUAUCUCAGGGAGAAAUUGUGAGACUUUUUUCAUUAAGUGAGUCUAGCUCUUUAAACAAUAAUGGAAGUGCUAAAAAAAAAAAAAAAAAAAAUACUGCACGUUUAACUCAGAAUGAUGUAUUUGCCACACAUUCUCUUCAUUUAUCUUAAGGAGAGUUUAAUGUCCAUCUUGGUUCUGCCCUAUGAAUCAUCUUGUCAAUAACAUAAACCUUGUAUAAAUAUUGAGGUGUGAACCCUGAUUUCUUAGUUUUUUCCAAGUCCUAGAAGGUUUGGAAUAGAGUAGCACUACAUUUACAGCAUCUAGUUUGAUUUUCUUUCUAUCCUAUUGCAUCUGAAUUUCAUCUGUCCCUUGUGGUCCAGAAGCCCAAAGAGCAAGUUAGCUGGGUGUGGUGAUAGAGAAAGCAGUUAAAGCUGCCAGUAGGGAAUCUUCCGUGCUGCACAUACUCCAAACACCUAGUAAAGUGUUAUGCACCGUGUGGGUGCAGAAUGCUGACCUGCAGUGAGCAGAGCCACUGCUGCAUCCCUGUGUCUAGGAAAACACCAUUUAGUACCACAGUCCUUACCCUAAUGGCAGGGAAGGUGAGUGUCUGUCUGGUCUGUGGAGGUGCCAGUCUGUGGCCGAAACACACAUUCAGCGGGAUACAUCUACUGUUAAAAGCAGCUCUUCAAAUACAAGUGUAAUUACUGCUCUUAAUAAUCGAAUAGUAUUAAAUUUAUUGCCUGUAUGUUGAUAGUAGUAUGAUAAGAACUGUAUAGCACAAGUUAAACAGACCCUGUCCUUGUCCUUACAGUCUACAACAGAUGACACUGACAUGGACAUAUAAGUGCACGUGUAUAGUUACAACAGUUUUAGAGAAAUCUAGAAUGGUAGUGACACUAUGCGUAAAUGUUAAGGUCCAAUGUGUUUGAGUUUGCUAUAAAAAAAAUAUGGGAGGUAUUUUCUUCAGGAAGGCUCCAUGAAUCAGGAAGUGUUCAAAGGGAGGGAAAGUCCCUGGGUAAAUUAGGGUGGGAUGAAUUUUCCAAAACUAGUUGCACAAUUGAGUGCUGAGUGGGUGAGGAAGGGGAAAACCGGGGAGCGAUGUGUGUCAUGUAGAUGGAGUAGAGGACAAAGGACAGCCCGUGAGGAAGGUUCGAAAAAGCUUGAGGCAGCACACCACUUCAGUAGUAUGAUGUGGGCUGUGCAGCAGGCAGAAUCACCCUAGCUGGAACAUGGAGUGCCAGAGGCAGACGACGAGGUGUGGUACGCUUUCAUGAUGAGGGACUGUGCUGUAUUUGUUGAUAAGGAAACAGCUGGCUGCCUCUGGGGAGGAAGAAUGAGCAGUUUUAGGGGACUAGCUCUGAUGGGCAGGUCAGAGAGGGAGAUGAACCUGGCCAAGGCCUGUUUCACAUUUCAUAUUAGAAUCCUGUGGCUGGAAUGAGAUCUGGGAGAAGAGUGGGGAGACAGAUAUUCUAUAAUUAAUACCUGACUGCAUUAGAUGAUAGAUCAAUUAGGGUUCUGGUGCUGGAGGGAUCCUAGUAUAAAGAAUCUAACGUUUAUUAGGACUUAAGGGGAGAUGGUAUCUCAAUUAUGUUGCUUUUGCAUACAGGAAGGUACAAGAAACACCAGUCUAAAGCAAUGCCUCAGAAUCUGAGAUGGUUUAGGAAGUGUGCUGUAAUUUAAAAAAAAAAAAAAAAAUUAUUGUCUUUAGUAUAUCUGUACAGUCUUGUGGAAAAGCACUGGAUGGGGUAUUAACAGAUGUGAAUGUUUCCAGAUGUCUCAUGAGUAAAUCAACCUGCCUCAGUUUCCUUUUCUGUAAAGCAGAAUAUUGUUUACACCUUAAUCUGCCUCUCAGGGAUACCAUGUUAAUAAAAAUUAUGUCUAUAAA